AUGCGGCCCCUCACCUACUCCAGCGGCGAGGAAAGAAAACAAGAAGGCGAGACAGAAGCGGGCUUCUCCAAUAUGGCUCCUCCCACCUACGCGGGGAUGUCAGGCAAGCGCCUGUCCCUCUCCAUCUCAACUAUCGGAACAAUGGGCUUCUUGCUCUUUGGCUACGACCAGGGUGUCAUGUCUGGUAUUAUCAGUGAUAAAGCCUUCAACGAUAUCUUCACCGCGACAAGAGAUGACUCUACCAUGCAGGCCUUGGUGACCGCUGUCUACGAGCUGGGAUGUCUUGCUGGCGCUAUGUUUGCUUUGUUUCGUGGUGACGUAAUUGGACGACGCCGAAUGAUCAUUAUCGGUGCCAGUGUCAUGAUUCUCGGCGUCAUUAUCCAAGUUACCGCGUUCCCAGGACAUGUGCCCCUCGCUCAGUUCAUGAUCGGUCGUAUCAUCACGGGUAUUGGAAAUGGGAUGAACACCUCGACUAUUCCUACCUACCAGGCUGAAUGUUCACGAACUACCAAUCGUGGACUUUUGAUCUGUAUUGAAGGAGGUACUAUUGCAAUUGGUACGUUGAUCGCUUACUGGAUCGACUACGGUGCACACUUUGGGCCUCCUGAUCUUGUUUGGCGAUUCCCCAUCGCAUUCCAGAUCUUCUUCGGCAUCAUUAUUAUCGUUGGCAUGUACUACUUGCCCGACUCGCCUCGUUACUUGAUCACACGAAACCAGAUUUCAGAUGGCGAAUAUGUCCUUGCUGCAUUAAUCGGUCGUGAAGUCCAUGACCACGAGACACAGAUCCAGAAACAGCUGGUGCUUGACUCUGUCCGAGCAUCUGGCGCUAUGGGUGAGGACGUCCGCUAUAGGGAUUUGCUCACGGGCGGUCCUACCCAGCACUCCCGUCGCAUGUUGAUCGGUGCUUCUUCUCAAAUCUUCCAACAACUCAGUGGUUGCAACGCUGUCAUUUACUAUCUACCUGUGCUGUUGCAGCAGUCCCUCGGCCAAUCGACCAAUCAGGCUCUACUUAUCGGCGGUAUCAACAUGAUUUGCUACGCCGUCUUUGCCACUUUCUCAUGGUUCUUCAUUGAGAAAAUCGGUCGUCGCAAGUUGUUCUUGGGCGGCACCUUCGGUCAGCUUACUGCCAUGAUCAUCACCUUUGGUUGUCUCAUCCCCGACGACAAGAGCGUGGCCAAUGGAGCUGUAUUCGGUCUCUUCCUUUACAUGUGCUUCUUCGGCGCCACCUGGCUACCACUUCCAUGGUUGUAUCCUGCCGAAAUCUCUCCUAUCAAGACACGUGCCAAGGCUAAUGCAGUCUCCACCUGCUGCAACUGGCUUUUCAAUUUCACUGUCGUCAUGAUCACACCAGUCAUGGUCUCUAGCAUCCACUGGGGCACAUACUUGUUCUUUGCUGCCAUGAAUGCUGCCUUCAUCCCAUUUAUCUGGCUGUUCUACCCUGAAACUGCUGGUCGCAGUCUCGAGGAAAUCGAUAUCAUUUUCGCCAAGGGAUAUACCGAGAAGAAGAGUUAUGUUACUGCUGCUCGCGAAUUGCCGAAGCUUACUGAUGACGAGGUCGAUGCCCAAGCUGCUGAGUUUGGUCUUGCUAGGAGCUCUGAUGAGGAAACUGAGAAGCACAUUGAGGAAAGACGCUCAUCUGAGGGUGCACCGGGAGCUGUCAACCCGAUGAUCUAUCCUUAACUGGCCUAAACUUUGAAAGGAAACAGAGUUUCCAGUUAUGACGACACAUAAAAACUUUUAUCUGUGAUAUUUGUCUCUUUUUUAAUGAUGCAAAACUAUGAUACC